AUGGUCCAUGUGAUGGGCGAUGCCGCCUGCUGGCUCCUGCUCGGGCUCUCCCUCCUCCCCAUCGCCCUCCUGGGCUCGCAGGACGAGGGGAAGGUGAUCCACAUCACCAGGGUGCAGCACCAGGCGCUGCGCGUCGGGCUGGGGGAGCCGGUGACUCUGCCCUGCCUCUUCCUCCUGCACCCCUCGGCUUCCCUGGGGCCCAACGAGCCCCCGGAGCCUCCCCGCGUCAAAUGGAGCAAGGUGCGCUCGGCCACCGGCCAGAGGGAGGACGUGCCCAUCCUGGUGGCCAAGGACAACGCGGUGAAGGUGGUGAAGGCUUACGAGGGGCGAGUGGCGCUGCCCGGGUACCCCCGGGACCGCUCCAACGCCACCCUGCAGCUGCGGGCGGCCCGCGCCAGCGACGCGGGGCUCUACCGCUGCGAGGUGGUGGCCGGCAUCGAUGAUGAGCAGGACCUGCUGCCGCUGGAGGUGACGGGCGUUGUGUUCCACUACCGGCCCGCGGGCCAGCGCUACGCCCUGAGCUUCCCCGCCGCCCGUCGCGCCUGUCGCGACAACUCCGCCGUCAUCGCCUCCCCCCAGCACCUCCAGGCCGCCUUCGAGGACGGCUACGACAACUGCGACGCGGGCUGGCUCAGCGACCAGAGCGUGCGGUACCCGAUCACCCUGUCCCGGCCCGGCUGCUACGGAGACCGCAACAGCCUCCCCGGCGUGCGCAGCUACGGGCGCAGGGAGCCCGCCGAGCUCUACGAUGUGUACUGCUACUCCCGGGAGCUGCGAGGGACCGUGUUCUACGCCACCGAGCCGGGCCGCUUCACCUGGCAGGGCGCCCGCAGGCACUGCCGGAGCCGGGGGGCAUCGCUGGCCACCACGGGCCAGCUCUACCUGGCCUGGAGAGAGGGGCUGGACCAGUGCGACCCGGGCUGGCUGGCCGAUGGCAGCGUGCGCUACCCCAUCCGCCAGCCCCGCAGGAAGUGCGGGGGAGAGGCCUCGGGGGUGCGGACCCUCUACCAGUUCCCAAACCGCACCGGUUUCCCCCCCGCCGCCUCCAGAUUCGACGCUUACUGCUACAAAGCCGCGGGGGACGCGGAGGAGGCGGUGCUGCCGGUGCCGCCCACGCCCGAGCCGCCGAGCAGCGACAACGUGCUGGUGGAGCACAGCGAGGAGCUGGGCACAUCGGGGGACACCCGCGACAUCCCCCGCGACCGCCACCACCUCCUGCCACCGCCGGGGCCCGCGGGGCUGGGCGAGGAUGAGGACGAGCAGCUGCGGCCGGCCCGGGGCAGCCCGGUGGGGCAGCGCGGGGACCUCCCGGUCACUGCCCUGCCACCGGCACCGGCGGCUCCGGGCUUGGCCACGGGCGCUGCGACAUCGCUGCCGCCCACCGCGGCCACCUCGCUGGCGUGGCCCCACGAGGAGGAGGCUCUCAACGCGCUGGAUCAGGAUCCGGAGAGCUCCCGGUGGGAUCCUCCCAGCGCCAGCCCGGCACAAGGAGACUCUGAGGAACCCCCGGCCACCUUCCUGUCGCAUUCCCGGAGCGCAGCCCCCGAGCACGGCCCCGGCUCGUCCUUGGCACCGGCUGGGCUGGGGACGGUGCCCAGCGCGGCCCCGGAGACCCCCGGCACCCCCCCGGGCAGCUCCAGCGCCCCGAGGAGGAGCUACCCCGGCCUGAACGGGCGCUACUUCCAGCUCCAGAGGCACAGCCGGGACCCCGCGGUGGCACCUGGGGACCCCACGGUGACAGCUGGGGACCCCGCGGUGGCAUCUGAGGACCCCGCGGUGGCAUCUGAGGACCCCACGGUGACAGCUGGGGACCCCACGGUGGCAGCUGAGGACCCCACGGUGGCACCUGAGGACCCCGCGAUGACAGCUGAGGACCCCACGGUGACAGCUGAGGACCCCACGGUGGCACCUGGAGACCCCACGGUGGCACCUGAGGACCCCACGGUGGCAUCUGAGGACCCCGCGGUGGCAUCUGAGGACCCUACGGUGACAGCUGGGGACCCGGCGGUGACAGCGGGAAUUGUCAGCCAGGCCGUGGAGCUGCGGAGCCUCCCCCGAGGUGGCAGCGGGAGCCCCGGCCGGGAGGGUCCCCAGGCGCCCCCCGAGGCUCUGGAGGAGAAGAUCAGCCCCGAGCUGGUGGCCGCGGCCACCUCCCCCGUGUCCCUGUCGCCGAGGGGCUCAGGGACCCCCGCAGGGACCCCCCCCGUGCCGUUCCCGUCCCCCGCCGCUCCCCGCGAGGCUCGGGACCACCGGGACAUCCCCGCCCAGCCCCGCGUCCCCAGCGCCCGCGGGGACUCCCCGAGGCCACCCGCCGAUGCCACCGAGGACUUCUCUGGGGACCCCCCCUCCCAGGAGGGCUCCGUGCCCCCGCUGCCCCCGCUGCCCCCGGCCCCGCUGGUGGCCGAGGGUCCCGAGCUGUCCCCGCAGCCCCGCGGGGACACCGGGGACGGCAGCGGGGCCCCGGGGGACGGCGCGCUGGAGAGGCAGAGGAAGGCGGUGACAUUCCUGCAGCCCGAGGGACCCUCCGAGGGACACCGCGCCACCCCCGGCCACACCGAGGGGGCUUCCCCGGGGCCCCGGGGCCGCUCCGGCCCCACGGCUCCCCACGGGGCGGCCGAGCCCAGCCGGGAGCAGCCGGAGAAACCCAGGGAUGUUGGGAAUGACGCGGCCGAGCCCAGCAGCGAAGCGGCCGCGUCCCCCCCGGGCUGGGAUGUCCCCUCAGCGUCCCCUUCCCCCGCGGCCACCGAGGUGGUGCUGUGGGCCAGCACCGAGCGGCCGGAGGAGGCGGAGCCGGUGGCCGAGGAGGGGUCCACGGGCUUCGCUCCCCCAGAGCCACAGCCCACCCACCGCUCCGAGCUGGAGCCGGGGGCAGCCGAGCAGCUCCUCCUGUCCCCCCCGGGCCCCCGGCAACCCCCCGACCCCCCAACUGUCCCCAGCCACCAGGGCGCUCCCCCAGCCCCCGGCGAGGAGGAUUCCUCCGGGGAGGCCAAGAGGGAAGAGCCCCCCGCGCCCCUCGGCUCGGCCACCCGCGGGCCCUGGCCGUCCCCCGGUGUCCCCCGCCCGGGGGGGACAGAGCCCGCGGGGUCCCCGAGCUCGGGGCUGCUCUUUGAGCCCUCGGCCGAGCCGGAGCUGGGGGGCGCGGGGGGGUCCCCGCUGCUGGAUACCGACAGCGGCAGCGGCGAGGAGCCGGCGCUGGACGAGCGGGAGCUGCUGGCCUGGGUGGGCACCGGCAACGCCAGCGGGCACGCUCCGGCCGAGCCGUGCCACAACAACCCGUGCCUGCACGGAGGGACGAGCCGGGCCAACGGCACCGUGUGCGGCUGCAGCUGCGCCCCGGGCUUCACCGGAGAGAACUGCGAGAUCGACAUCGAUGACUGCCUGUCCAGCCCGUGCCAGAACGGCGGCACCUGCAUCGACGAGGUCAAUUCCUUCGUGUGCCUCUGCCUGCCCAGCUACGGCGGCAGCCGCUGCGAGAAAGACACGGAGGGCUGUGACCACAACUGGCACAAGUUCCAGGGCCACUGCUACCGCUACUUCUCCCGCCGGCGCUCCUGGGAGGACGCGGAGCGCGACUGUCGCCGCCGGGCCGGGCACCUCACCAGCAUCCACUCGCAGGAGGAGCACGGCUUCAUCAACGGCUUCGGCCACGAGAACACCUGGAUCGGCCUCAACGACCGCAUCGUGGAGCAGGACUUCCAGUGGACGGACAACACCGGCUUGCAAUACGAGAACUGGCGGGAGAACCAGCCCGACAACUUCUUCGCGGGAGGGGAGGACUGCGUGGUGCUGGUGUCCCACGAGAUCGGCAAGUGGAACGAUGUGCCCUGCAACUACAACCUGCCCUACAUCUGCAAGAAGGGCACAGUGCUGUGCGGGCCCCCCCCGGAGGUGCCGAACGCUUUCCCGGUGGGAAAGAAGAAGGAGAAGUACAACAUCCACUCCAGCGUGCGCUACCAGUGCCACGAGGGCUUCACCCAGCGCCACGUCCCCACCAUCAAGUGCCACAGCACCGGCAAAUGGGACCGGCCCAAAAUCCUCUGCACAAAACCCAGGCGGUCGCACCGAGCGCGGCGGCACCGGCGGCACCGGCACAGCCACCAGCACCGGCAGCACCACCAGCACAAAGCCCGCAAGGAGCGGCGAAAACACCGGCAGCACCUCCGGCUGGACGGCAUGGAGGAGGGCCACUACUUCUAG